GCCAUUUUGGGGCCGGGCCGGGCUCUGACGCGGCCUCCGCUGCACGGAGCCGCCGGGGUUCCUCGGGCGAGCUCCGCCUGAGGGAGAGGGCUCGCGGGAGGCGGAGACGGGGUCCCAGAGCCCCUCGCAGAGUUUCGGCUUCGUGGCCGGUGAACCGGUUCCGGAGCUGCACCGCCUCAAACCCCCGCCGCGGGAGCUGCCUCGCUCCGUGCCCGGGAGCCUCGGGGAGCGGUGCCGGGGCAGCCGAGCCGCCUGCCUGCCCUCGGGUUAUCGCUGAGCCGCUGUGGAAAAGCCCCUGUGAGGGUUCCCUGCUUCUCUCAGCUGUCGGAGCAGUCCCUCUGCUAGUGCUGAGGAGUGCCUCUGAAUUGCAGUCCAGAAAAAAGAAACAAUCGUCUUGAUUUAAGUUGAACGUUUGUGUGUAAGACUAAGAACAAAGCCAUGCCAGUGCUUUCGGAAGACUCAGGUUUACAUGAAACUUUGGCUCUUUUGACAUCUCAGCUAAGACCUGAUUCAAAUCAUAAAGAGGAAAUGGGAUUCCUUAAGGACGUCUUCAGUGAAAAGAGUCUCAGCUACCUGAUGAAGAUUCAUGAAAAACUCCGUCAUUAUGAAAGACAGAGUCCAACUCCUGUUUUACAUAGUGCAGCGGGAUUAGUUGAAGAUGUAAUAGAAGAAUUGCAGACUGCACCAGUGAAUAAUGAAGAAAAAGAGCUUCUUCAGCUGUUGUCAACACCACAUCUCAGGGCAAUGCUUGUAGUACAUGACACUGUAGCACAAAAGAACUUUGAUCCAGUCCUUCCACCUCUUCCCGAUAACUUUGAUGAUGAUUUUGAUGAAGAAUCAGUGAAAAUUGUUCGGCUAGUGAAAAAUAAAGAACCCUUGGGAGCUACCAUCAGAAGAGAUGAGCAUACAGGGGCUGUGAUUGUAGCAAGGAUCAUGAGAGGUGGUGCAGCUGAUCGCAGUGGUCUUGUCCAUGUUGGAGAUGAACUGCGAGAAGUCAAUGGUAUUGCUGUGCUUCACAAACGACCAGAAGAAAUAAGUCAGAUUUUGGCUCAGUCUCAGGGAUCAAUAACAUUAAAAAUAAUUCCAGCCGUUAAAGAAGAAGAUCGUCUAAAAGACAGCAAGGUGUUUAUGAGGGCCCUUUUCUGCUAUAAUCCCAAAGAAGACAGAGCCAUUCCCUGCCAAGAGGCUGGUCUGCCGUUUAAGAGACGACACAUCCUGGAAGUUGUAAGCCAAGAUGAUCCUACAUGGUGGCAAGCAAAGCGUGUUGGAGACACCAACCUCAGAGCAGGCUUGAUCCCCUCAAAGCAGUUCCAAGAAAGACGACUGACUUACAGAAGAACUAUAGGCACUCAGCAGAAUCCCAAAAUUGUGAAGAAGCCAUUAUAUGAUCAGUCUUCUGAUAAAGAGGACUGUGACUGUGAAGGAUAUUUCAAUGGACAUUACAUAGCUGGUUUACGCAGGAGCUUUAGAUUAAGUCGUAAAGAGAAGGAGAACAAUCUGAAUGACACAAAGCAAGCAGAUCAGGCAGAUGCAACAGAGUUCCUAACGUAUGAAGAAGUCACAAAAUAUCAGCAGCAGCCUGGUGAUCAACGGAGGCUGGUUGUUUUGAUUGGUUGCUUGGGGGCCAAAUUAAAUGAGCUCAAGCAGAAGGUUGUGUCAGAGAACCCACAGGAGUAUGGUGUUGCAGUUCCACAUACAACCAGGUCAAAGAAAAGUCAUGAGAAGGAGGGGGUAGAAUACAAUUUUGUCUCUAAGCAAUCAUUUGAGACAGAUGUGCAGCAAAACAAAUUUGUGGAACAUGGAGAAUACAAAGAAAAUCUGUAUGGCACAAGUCUUGAGGCAAUCCGGUCUGUGAUGGCUAAAAAGAAGGUUUGUUUGGUGGAUGUGGUUCCUGAAGCAGUGAAACACUUGAGGACUGCUGAAUUUAAGCCUUAUGUUAUCUUCGUGAAGCCUCUCAUUCCAGAAAAGAAAAAAAAUGUCCUAAAAUCUCCAGUGUCAGAAGAAAUCUCAACGCCCUUCCAGGAUGAAGAACAGCAGGAAAUAAUUAAUUCAGCAACAUUCAUUGAAGAGCACUAUGGCCAUUUGAUUGACACUAUACUGGUGAAAGAAGAUGUCCAGAGUGCAUGUAAUCAACUUAAAACUGUGUUAGAGAAGCUAAACAAGGAUUCCUUUUGGGUGCCAGUCAACUGGGUUAGGUCAUAGCUUCUUUUCAUCCGUUUAAAGGAAAAACUUGUAUAAAAAGUAUCUUGUAAAUAUAUGGAUUAGAGAAGGGAAAUAUGUCAGAUUUGGUUCAAAACUGCCAUUCUAUCUAGAAAGUAAUACAUAAAGACUGUGGAAAAAAAUGGAAGUCAGAAGCUGACGCUGCCCCCUUGAAUUGGAAUCCUGAGUGGCAGCUGUCAUUUAAAAGUGCGUACUCAGCCUAAACAGAUGACUAAAAUGGACUGGAGUAACUUUUAGACUGUAAAUACUGCAUUUUGUAAGGUAAAAAUUCACAGAGGGUCCCGUGCUUCCAGAGCGUUUAAGCAGAGCCAGGACAUUAACCAGCUGGAAGUUUCAGUCUUUGGUGAUGCUGUGUGUGGCAAGGUACGUCUGAACAAGGUACUUUUCCAGGAAAAAAUCUACCUACAGAACAAGCUACUUCAGGUAGGUGGGAGGAAUAUUCUCUGGAGAGUGCUUAUAUCCUGUCAGUUACUUAAAAGUUCAGCAGACUUCCUUGCACUUAAGAUCACUGGUUGCAAAUCCUUUCCAGUCAGGCAAAAAACCUAGAUGAGCUAUGUAAAUUGUAUCUGUGUUAGCAGCUGAGAAAUGGGGUGAUUUUGUUGUUGUGGGUUGUUUUGUUUGUUUGUGUUUUUGAAGCCCAGCCUACACUUCCCAGUGCUUCUGGCUGUCUUGCAGAGUUAGUAAUUAGUAUGCUCGUCCAUGGCUUAUGCCCACUUUUCCCAGUCUCUUCCUAAUGACACAGGACAAAUGUUAAGCAACCUGUAAAAAAAACCUGCGUGACUAAUCGAUCUCAUAAACCAGAGACAUUUCUUUAGUCUACAUUAAAAUUGCAUAACAAUGUAAAAUAGGACUUUAAGAAGCUUAUUUUCUACAAGGUAUCUUUGCAAAUGCCACCUACUUGGGUACCACAUGGACAGCAACACAGCAGCUCUGAAAGGCUGCAAAAAGGAAGAGGCAGAAGUACCAAGCAGGUGAGCUACAGCACUGAAUAAUUAUUCUUCCAGCACUUAUGAAUACCUUUGUUUGAAAUCAGGUAAAGGCUUCCAGAGCAUGUCGUUGUCAACAUCAAGUCCUAAGAGGAAACCUUAACUGUUAGAGGGCUUUACAGGCAUUUUAGGAGAUACGAAUAUGAAACCUGUAUAGUUUUUAUUAGGUGGGCAAGACGAAGAAAGCACAGCAAGAUUAUUCUGGAAGUGCCUAUACCUUUUAAUUAUUUGAUGAAUGUGUGGGUCUUGUGCAGGUGUGUUAGCUGAAACUUGUUCCUGUUUUCUAUUGCCUCUUGAGUUCUGAUCUUUCCUAUGUACUAUGCCCUUUAACAAUACCUUCUGGUGCACCAGUCUUAUUCUUUUAAUCUUAACAGUACGAUGUUAUUCUUGGUCCAGUGCAUUCAGCAAAACUAACAACAUUGCUUAUUAAAAACACAUUUCUUACAUACCAGCGUCACUGAAUCUACAUUAACUUCAGCCCAGAAAAGUUGUGCAUCCAUCCCCAAACCUGUGUGCCCUGGCAACUUCUGUGUAUCAUCCUGCAAGGAUAGUGCUUUUCACAGUCUGGUAGAUCUGUUCUGGCUUGUCAGAGUAGAUAUGCUGCCAGAUUUGUGGCCUCUCGCCAAAUGCACAAGGAUUCCUUCACACACUGGUGGCCUGUCAGCUCUGCCAGUAGGUUGCUAUAAUCUUGGCCCAGCACAGCCACCAAAGAUAAUGUGACGUAUUAGAGGCAUACUGACAAAUCUAGUGACAGAUGUGCCUUCAUCCUGUGAAAAUCUGAGUGUAAUAUUUUAAAACUAUUUAAGUAACAGCAUCUCAAACUAAGUAGAUUUAUGAAAGUAUCAAAUAGGCAGAUAGAUCUCACCAUAGAUUUAUAUUGCAGCUUACACUUGGUUGUUUUUUUCCUUUUCUUUACAGUCUGCAAAACAUCAGAUUGUUUAGAGAACAAUUUAAAGAAAAAGAGGUAAGACAAAGGGUCAGAAUUCACUUAAAGCAAUGUUACUAUCUAACAUCUUAGCAUGUUCCAGAGGACUAGUGGUAAAUAACUUAGUUUAUGAUCUAACAUAGUUUAAUAGUGAGAUGUGCAAAGAAUGCAAAUACAUAAGUACGGUUGAAGUUACAUUUAACUGAAAAUUUAAGAUGUUAAGAUAUACUACAGCUGUUAAAUAUAAACUAAAAUAUUCAGUAUGAGUUGAAUAAUCUUUUUUGAAAUCUGUGCAGACACCCCAUAUUGAUGUACAGUCAUAGAGAUACUAACUUGAGAUAGUGUCAGAAAUACUUAAUUUUUUUGAUGUAAGGAAGGCUUUUUUAGAUCCAAAGUAAAUGAUGGUGAGAGAAUACGUAAGUAUAUGGUAAAGCUUGAGGGUAGCUAAGAUGAGCUUCUCUCACAGGAAAACAGAACACAUUUGAUGCUCUUAUUUAUUCUAAAAAUCCUAGGAAAAGGGUACAUGCAGCAGAUUGCUGUUACCAGGACAAGAUUCCAAUCCAGACAAAAACACUGAGUCCUUUCCAGGCCUGGUAUGUGUUCCUGCCAUUAGUGAGAGGAAAAAAAGAAAAGGUUAUAAAGAAAAUCAGAAUGUAAAAUGUAAUUCAAAGUCCUGUUUUCUAAGUGGUGCCAAAAACCCUAAGUCAAAGCACUUAAGCAAACUGAACUAUUUUUCCCUUUCCCUACUUGCUCACACCUAAAAUUAAUGUAGCCUUUCAUAUUUCCUGUUAGGAUUUGUAGUUACUGAAGGAUGAGCCUUGGCUAACAGCUACAGUGCGUGAAGUUUUCAGGCAGCUUUCCAUCCAUACUGGCUGUAUUUAAAACCGUUUCCCUUUCUAAAAUUAGUUGUGUAGUGUACAUCCAGGGAACGCUGCAGUCAGCGAACUCAGACGUCCUCAGCUGGUUUUAAGUAUUCCAUAUCUCCAGCCAAAUUUCUAAUAGGAUUAAAAUAACAAUUUAAAAUAUACACAUUUCACAUGACUGUGAGAUGUGCACAGUCUAGAACCCUGAUACCUUGAACUCAGCUUACGAUACAUGCAUUGUUUUUAUAAAGUGAAACCAGGUGUAAAACAGUAUACCUAAUUCACUUGAGAAGAGAUACGGCAUUUUGUAGUCUGUUUAAAGUAUCUGGUGGUCUGCUAAAGGGAAAAAAAAACACGUUACAGGUUUUAUCAUUAAGUGUUAUUUAGAAUACAUAAUAUACACAAUAUACUUAGUUUGAAGACAUAACAUAAUAGUAUUUAUACAAAAAGUCAAAUACAUGCCUGCCACCCAGUAUCAGACUUCUUUUGGUAACUGGUAGGCUUACACUCAAGAAGCCUUUUCAAAAUUCCCUGAUUUUCCAUGGUGAUUGUCAGUAUUUUCCUGUUCUGUGCAUCUCUAUUUGAUCUGUAAGCAAAAAUGAACACAUUUGCAAACACAGAUUGGGAAGGGGGAGAGAAAGGAGACAGAAAAUGUGUUUUAAAAGGAAGGGACUGAAGGCAGAAGUCUGUAAGGAGCCUGUAGCAGACAGUGAUACAGGCUUUGGUUUCUAAACUAACAGCAGAAUAGAACUCUGCAGGAAUUUCUCUUCAGGAGAGGAGGUAGGAAGGUACAGCCAAGUAGCGGGUGCUAAUUCAGUGCUUUAGUGUUACAAAUGGUUCCUUCCCAAGCUGAAAGAUUUCAUCAAGGACUCCUACAAGAGCCCUUGUAUUGCUGUAAUUUUGUCGGGGCAGUGCAGCUUUUCGGAACCAUUAUGAGUGGAAGUAAAGGGCUAGUGGCGACAGUUCUACUUAUGUAAACUGUGGAUCCAUCCCAUAAAGUGAUGCAACAACCUUUUUACUCCUGGAACAAAGGGUAGUACCAGCUACCUCCUUUGAAAGUGUUCAUUCCAGCAGUCUACAGUUGCUGGCCCUCGUUGUAUUGCAGCUAGGCGCUCCAUCAGCUUCUUGUUCUCUCUCUCAAUCUGAUAAAUUCGCUUUUGAUCCUCCUGUGCAAGACAUGCCAAGUUUGCAAUGUCAUUCUCAUGAGAAUCUACUAGGCUGGCUCUUACAGAUUUGUUGCCCAUAUGUAUAAAAAAGAAGAACACAACGACCCUUCUUAUUUCUGCACUCACCCCUAUCCCAAAAUCACCAUGUUUUCUUGCUGUGCUUUGUCACUAUUUCCUUGCUGUCCUUCUCUUAGCACCCCCUUGUAUAUCUCUCUCUAUAUAUAUAAAAAAGGAUAUAAAAGCAGCAUUGCAUUCAAUUUUUUUAUCCUUACUCUUUUUCUCAUUAACUUCCAUUUUUUUGACUCUGAAAGGAUAAAGAAAGCACCCUUCUCUUUAUGUUCCUGAAGACUUCCUUGCUGCCUGAGGCAUUAUCAUGACACAGACAUAGAUGUACCAUUACCUGAAUCCUGCGCUUGUUAAAAUGUUGCCAGGUCUGUGCAUGUGAAGGUUUUUUACGCACACGCGUUCUUCCUUAAAGGAGGAGAAAAGAAGAAAUGUUUUAAGUGAAAAAGUUUUGUGAAGCAAAGCUAUUGAGCCCCAUAUCCCUUCAUCCAACCUUUCCUUUGCCAGCAUUCCCCACCAAACAGUGAAACAGCUCUCACUGGGAAAAGCACUGCAGGUCUGCUGUGGUUUUUUUUAGAAGCAGUAGAAACAGAAACAAUGCUUCAGACCUGCACAGACAGGAAGGGGAGUAGCUGUUUCACAUUUCCCUAACCACUGUUCAUUAAUUUUUCCUGUUUAUGUGCCAGACAAGACAUAUUGCACCUCAACUCACAGUAAAUGAGCUGCGAUAUUGCUUAAAGAGUUUUCUAUUCAAAAAAAAUAUGAACAUGGAUCAAGAUUUUUCCAUCACCUUUUAGCUCAAGCUUCGUUAGAAGUCAGUUGUUUGAAAACACAGUAAUUCAGCAAGUCCUCUUCGUGACAUGCUAACUAGCAUCUAGCAGUGAAGAGGACUGGAAUUUCCCAGCAGGAUCUCUACAAACCCUUCAUGUUGAUGGCAACUGCUAUUUUUUCCACUUCUGUUCAACUUACAGGUUAAGAUGCUUACUAGUAUUCAGUGAAAAUAUCAUUUUGUAUUAAAAAAAAACACAAAACAAAACACAAAGUUAUUGACAGGUGUAGGGGUGAAAUAGUUUUAAAAACACACCACAUUGCAGCUUGUUACUGCAAUUCAAUGAAAUUCAAAUGAAAGACCAGUUCCUAUAGCUUGUUGCCCUCAAAAAGUUAUGCUCAUGACUAUAAAUAAGCAGAACAUCUCCAUAAACUAAUCAAGAUGGGUUUGGGUUCUGUUGUUUUUUUUCCCCCAUCCCUUCGAGUAUGAUAAUGGAAAUCUCCAUUGAGUGGGAUUGCAUUUGCAGCCAGCUGAAGCAUGAUGCAAAGGGAAAUUAUGUUCCUUUUAAACAGACUGCCAGCUGUUUAAUUCUUUCAGAAGAAGAACUCACUUAAGGGCACAACGUCCUUCUACAGAACGCAGACAUCAACUGUAGCACAGAAAAGCUCAGCAAUUUCACCCACAUUCAACAGGACUACAUGUAGUCUUCUCUCUCAUCUCUUCCUAAACCCCAGGAAACAUAGGAAAGAAGUGACUAGCUCGUUGACAGGCUCACUGCAAAGCCAUUUCCAUCACCAGAACAAUAGACAAAGAGUGGAGAAUGUACCAGGACCAUUUUACAGCCUACUGCUCAGAGGCCAUUCAUCUCAAUUGUCUCAUGACUGUCUCCUUCCCAGCCUUCCCACCUGUUUUUGUGGUUCUGUUAUAGUUGCCGCGGCCUCCCAUCUUCUGAACUUGACUUCCUAGUCUUGUUUGUCCAUGUUCUGUUUACAGUGAUACCUGGAGAUUCCAGACAAUUAUGACACACUCGCAUUUUACUCAUAGGCAUUUGCUCACUGAUGAGUCCUUACCUUCUGUGAACUGCUUGCAGAAGGCCUAUCCAGCUUCCAUAGGUCAAGGCAGCAGAAACUGCUUUUUCUUGUACUUACUCAAAAGUAUAAACAUCAUUCUCAAGGGACCCUUUACAGACUGAAACCAGGAUGUGGUAUAAGAAGCAUCCUUCAUGUAGCUGCAACCAGAUGUUCUUUCCUUUGCUAAAGGCAUUAAAAGCCACUACAAAUUCUGACACCAUCCUCCUCACACUGGUUUCAGCAGAGAGAAAUACAUAGAAUUCAUAUUCCAUCCAUGCAGCCAUGUACAUCCAGUGCAAGACAAACAGACUUACAUUCAUUGCAAAACAAACAGAAACAGAUGUAAAAACACAAGACAGGUAUUUUAUUUACUUACUCCAGAAAGAAUUAUAUGCACAUACUUUUCACAGAUGAAAACAGCUCCAAAGAGCACUGUAUAGAGAACAAGCUAGAAUAGUUCCAAAGUAAAGCUAAAGUUUAUACACCUUGUCUUCAACAGUGGUACAGUAGUGGUGUUAGUCAGGAAAACACUCUUAUUAAUAAUGUAACUUAACUAGAUAGCAAUGAACCAAGAUAUACCCAUCCUAAGACAGGCUAACCUUUUCUGUUCCAAUUUGACAAUGUCCUGUAAUAAGAGUGUCUUUGGCUUUGUCACUUGCUUACAAGCAGCUUAUAUUUUAAAUGCUGUCCCUAAAUUUUUGGUUACCUUUAGUUUUUGGUUACUUUAAGUUUUUGGUUACUUUUACAGUUACUUUUACAGUGUUGCAAGCACCCAAACCAGAAGUCUCCUAGAGGCAUUGCUACCAAGAGCAGACAGAAUCUAGGUUAGCAUCUUCCAUGACUCAAGGCUUGUUUUCAAGACAAGGCAGCGAGUCCAACGGGGAUGGAGGGAAGGUAAGAGGCAGCUAUCUGGUAGCAACAGACUCUUCCUAGUGGACAAUUGUCUAUCACCAGCACAUUUUAUAUUAAACGUAGUUUUAGCCCUGCAGUUGCUGAAUGAGGGCAGAAACAUGGGUUUGCAGAAAACUAAAGGAAGGACCCACACUGUAAGCUGGCCCAAAAUGAUGACUCUGAAAUGCAGGUAUUUAAGAGCAGCAAGGUAUAACCUACAGUGUACUGCAGAGGAAGCAUUUUCUUCCUGCAGAAUGUUACUGAAUAUUAUAGUGAAUACUAUAACCCUAAAAUUUAGUAGCAACUCAGCUUGUUAUCUGGGGACACGUAGGAAUUUCCAGUGCUUAAAACUAUGAGAAAUAGAAAAGCAAUGUCACUGCUCAGGUUGACUCCUGACUAGUAACUACAUUAAAGCGAAGCUGGCUGCCUGAGAAACUCCAUUGUCAUUCUGGACAAGAUAAGCUUUUCACUGAUAUUCCAAAAUGGAAUACUGUUUUAAAGCAGGAAUUUCAGGAAAGGAACAUGUUGGCUGCUGUACUGCAAAAGCGUAAUAUAAGAAGCACUAUGAUUUACUAGUGAAAAAUCUGAGUUAUCAAAAGAGCGUAAUACUGGUAUCUGGAGAUAUCAGAGGCACAUAACUGAGAAGUAAAUCGUUAUGGAAUAAAAGAGUAUUUUGCUGAUCAGCUUGGUUUUCAGAUCUACACAAUUGGUGGCAAGUCAAACAAGGCACUGUUUAGUGCCUGAAAUUUCUUACUAUAUUUUUCAGCAGUCUACUCAGCUUGGACAGAACAGGCACCUGUAGAUUUAAGAAAGUGGACAGUAUGCACUACAUAAGCUUUUCUCCUUCUGCGAAGAUUCCAUCAGCUGGAAUCCCUGCUUCUUUGUGUUUUUAUCCCAAAGACCUGGUGUCUGCAUGAUCUUUAUGACUAGUUCCUCAAAGGCAUGCUGCACUCCAUCCUCUGUUUUGGCACUUGUCUCU